CUCCGGAAAGGAGCCCCUUUCAGUUCCUGCUCUGAACUAUCCUGCUGGACCACCGUACCCUAUGGAUAAUACAGGGCCUUCUGCCAUGCCACCCCCAUACCAAACUUUCUAUAUAUCCCCUGAUGCAGGAUCCAAUCAAGGUCUGUUUGUUCAACCUCAGCAAACUAUAAUCAUCACCCCAUCCCAGCCAACUAAAGAACCUGAUUUUUUGGCCUACUCCAUCUUCACCAUGCUUUGCUGCUUUCUACCCCUAGGUGUCACUGCCUUGGUUUUCUCAAUACAGACUCGGCAAGCUAACGAAGUUGGUGACCAAACAGCUGCUCGGCGACUUUCCAUAUUAGCCCGGUCCUUCGCUCACAUAGCUCUGGGAAUUGGAAUCGUAUUAGCAUUCGUGUACAUCGCUAUAAUUGCAAUUGUUUUAGCGUAGAUCACCACUAUCCUUAAGCCCUUAAAGAAGCUUCAACCGACUCAACUCCUCAGAACAAAUUCCCUGUAGAAGGCUUCCACUGUUAUUUGAAUGGCAUCACAAAAUUAACAAAACUCUGGGCUGGCUCACUCGUGCUGAUGUAUCUUGAGCUUUUCAUACUCUUGGUUCUGUGACUAUCAAAGAUAUGUUUGUGCUACAUAGCACUGUA